AUGAAAUUUAAAAUAUUUUCAAUUCUCGGUGUCGUAUUAUUAUGUGGUUUCUUGGGCACCAUUGCAACCCCAAUUAAAUCGGACAAAACUCAUGAAUUGGAAUCUAGAUCUUCUCCAAAACCAUAUAUAUUUGAUCCUUUAUCUAAGUUAAAUGAGAGUUCACCCGUAACUCGUUAUUAUCAAUUUGAAUUGAAAAUUGUAAAACUUUCUCCUGAUGGUUUCGAACGUCCUGUGUGGACUGUCAAUGGUCAAUAUCCAGGUCCUCUCAUUCAAGCUAAUAAAGGUGAUCGCUUAGUGAUAAAUGUAACCAAUAAUCUUGGAGACCCCUCUACUAUCCAUUGGCAUGGUAUCUUCCAACGUGAAACAAAUUGGUAUGAUGGUGUUAGUGGUCAAACUCAAUGCCCUAUUCCAAACAAAAUUUCCUUCACAUAUAAUUUUACUUUGGAUCAAUCGGGUACUUAUUGGUAUCAUUCUCAUUUCUUAUCUCAAUAUAUUGAUGGAUUGGUUGGUCCACUCAUUAUUCAUGAUUCGGAAGACCCUUAUUUGAAUUCUUAUCAUGAAGACUAUUUGAUCAUGAUAAGUGAUUGGUAUCAUUCUCCUUCUGGUCCACUUCUUGUUCAAAGAGUUGCUCCUGGUUAUAAAGGUUUUAACCCUUAUCCUGAUGCUACUCUUAUCAGUGGUCUAGGUCAAUAUAACUGUUCAUCACCAGCAGCUGGUAGUCAUUGUAAUUCCAAUGUCACAAUUCCCACUUACAAUGUUCAAAAAGGAAAGAAAUACAGAUUCCGUAUUAUCAACACUAGUGCCUACGCAUUCUUUACCUUUUCCAUUGAUAAUCAUCCACUCAAGGUUAUUGAAGUUGAAGGAACUCCCGUAAAAGAUACUGAUGCUGCCAUAUUGAAUGUCAUACCAAUUACUGUUGCCCAACGUUACUCUGUUAUCCUUACCGCAGAUCAACCAAUUGCCAAUUAUUACAUCCGUGCUAGUAUUAUUGAUAGUUGUUUACAUAAUAUGACAAAUGAUACUAUCAACUAUAAUUCUUCUAUCAAUCACAAUGCUACCGGUAUUCUUCACUAUCUUGGUGCUGGCAGUAAUGAAUCCACAUCAACUGCAUAUCCAAUAACCUUCCCACUUUGUCAAGAUCUUAAUGCUAGUGCUAUACGACCAUACAAAGAUAGUCCUGCUCCCACCAACAUUACUAAUGAUUUUGUGUUUAACAUCACAUUCAGCCGUAAUGAUGAUGAUGUUGGUCUCUUAGGAGUCAACGAUUCACCUUUUGUUCUCGUUAAUGAUAAUCCAACAAAUCAAAGAAUAAUGCUAAAAGAAAAUUAUACUGAUUUCGAUAAAAAUCAAAACAUAUAUAGUUAUGACAUUCCCUAUGGGUGUGUUCAAAUUACUCUUUUAAAUUCUCAGUCUACAAAUCAUCCAUUCCAUUUACACGGUCACUCCUUUUGGAUAGUUGCUGAAGGUCCGGGAGCGUUCGUAUCUAAUAUAACAACAUACAAUUUGGAAAAUCCGGUCUUUAGGGAUACUACUAUAGUACCUGCAGAAAGUCACAUAGUAAUAAGAUUUCUUGCAGAUAAUCCUGGUGUAUGGUCAUUCCAUUGUCAUAUUCAAUGGCAUGUAGGCAUGGGUUUGUUAGCUCAAUUAAUUGAACGUCCAACGGAAUUCAGUAAUCGAACCCUUCCGGAUGAUGUUAGGGCAUUGUGUAUGGAAUACAAUAGUUACAAAAAACAAAAACGUUCAACUACUUUACCUAGAAAUUCAAUGGUUAAGAGAGAGCGUAUGUUUUAG